GUCAACCCUCUAUCAGUCACUGAUGUGCUUGGUCACUAGCUGAACAGCUUUUGAAGGCGUUAUCAUUGCUUUGUUUUCACGAAAAGAACAUGUAUUCUUCCACCGACUCGUGGAGGGAAUAGUUGUCAAUGAUUGACUUUCGUUGAACGAUCUCCACCCGCCGCCAGUCAUAGUUUUCUUGUCUUGCAUGGUAUUCCGCAACAUGAUUAGAAGACACGCCUUAAACCGUCAACGUUCUCGACCUCAAUGACGCUUUUAUCGCCGUAAAUUGGUUUCGACGACGAACCCUCGACGUUGUCAAUGCGAUGAACGAUAAUGCUGACCUAUCAUUGAAUGAAUAUACGAAAUUUGCGUUCUCUGGCCGAUGCGACACCUUACGACCCUCAACCUAAGGUGGAUUUGCCGCAGGCCCAUCCCAUGCGAUUUGCCAUGUUUGUUUCUGACGCCUACCGCUUCACUUUCGGGGGAGUUGCGAAAAUGAUUGGGCACAUUCACGAGAACAGGGAGAUUGGGUAG